UCCGUUGAAAAGAGUGAGGUGGGGGGAAAAGCACGUCAAGCGCUCUAGACGGCUCGAAUGAUCACAGCGUGUGCUGGUGCAUUUCAUUUAGCUCAACCGGAGAAGUUACUCGUUUAGAGCGGCGGAGCAAACGAAUGAGAUUUCAACCGACUGGGGCACUGUGAGCGGACCGGACCGGGCAGCACAUCUCUCUCAUCCCGUUUCUCUUCAGCAGACUGAUAAGGAGACCCAGAUGGACAACAGGAACACGUCUGAUGACAAGCCCGUUCAGCGUUCUAAGUCUUUCAGUUUCAAGACCCAGAAGGAGACGUGUGCAUCAUGUGAGAAGACCGUAUAUCCGAUGGAGAGAUUGGUGGCCGACAACCUCAUCUUCCACAACACGUGCUUCUGCUGCAAGCAUUGCAACACCAAACUCAGCCUGGGGUCGUAUGCAGCGCUGCAGGGGGAGUUCUACUGCAAACCACACUUCCAGCAGCUCUUCAAGAGUAAAGGGAACUACGACGAGGGCUUCGGACGCAAGCAGCACAAGGAGCGCUGGGCCUCCAAGGAUGCGGAGAGCAUCACCAAGACGGCAUAAUCCUCAGUGAUUUCCAAAGCACCUUUCCCCUUCACUGGCCAAUGAUGAUGAGCCUUUAUAUACUCUGCCCACGUCAAUACACACAUGCAUCCACACAAACACACUUACACGCUCAUUUUGAGCACACAAGCAAAUGAGCCAGGCUUCUCAUUAUAUAACAACACAAUCACAGAUAUACCACAAUGUGAUAGGGUUGAUUACCUUCCCUUUUUUUAUUGUUCUUUGUUAGUUUUUAUUCAUUUUAUUUUGUCCUUCCACCCUUCCUUCUCCGCUUUUCUUUUAAAAUAGUUAUUUAGCUUUAGAAAAUGUCAUUUAGUGUUUUUGUUGUGGAGUGAACAGUUAGUUGAUUGUGACCAAAAUCUUUGUAUCCCUAUAGGUGGGAUGAUUCACUUAUUAGCAUCAUUACGAUCCUGUCUGGCAGUACUAGUAGCGGUUGAUUUCGUUGGUUUUCCGUUGUGAACGUUUUCAAGAUGUUUAGAUCGGUGGUUCUCAACUCCAAUCCUCCAGGCCCACUGCUCUGCACACUUUGUGUGUUUCUGAAUCUGACCCACUCCGUUCAGUUCAUGUGUCUUUCUUCUAACAAGAUGAUGAUCUGAAUCAGGUGCGUUAAAUGAGGGAGACAUACAAAAUGUGCAGAGCAGUGGGCCUUGAGGACUGGAGUUGAGAACCACUGGUUUAGAUUAUACACUCAGGUAAAGAUUCUGGGUUGUUGCAUCAAAAUUAUUCAGCAAUCUUUUUAUGUACAUAGUGAUCGUAAAUGUUUAGUUUUAUGGUUGAUAUUUGUCCCUCACUUCAGUUACAGCAGUCAAACUAAAAUGGCUUAAGUGUUCCUUAAAAUAGGAACUGUCUGCUUUGCUGGCGCAGGGUAUUUUAUCUGUGAAUCUACAGGGUACACUGUACUGUAAAGAACUCACUUGACAUCCCCUUUUUUCAUUCAUUUUAUCUUUUGACAUUAAGAACUGGUAUUUGACAGAUCCUGUAAAACAGGCCUCUGUCAUCCAUUCUUAAGCAUGGGUGUAUUUUACCAAAUGUAGUUGUAAACACAAUAUAGUAGUUUAUAUCCCCUUUAUUGAAUAUUAACCACUCUGAGUUUGAGAUUUAGACUUGGACACAGUCUUACAUCAAGCAUCUUUUCUGGCGCCCUCUAGUGUUUUGGAUGACGUUCCUUAUUUGACUUAACUUUGGUUAUUCUAUGCCAUCUAUUGAUGCCAUCUAGUGAUAUCAUUUUAUCAAACAUAAAUAUUCCUUACGUCUUAUUUUAGUCUCGUUUUAGCUUUUUUUCAGCAGAAUGCACAUUGUUUUGUUUUUUAAUAAUUUGUUUUAAUAUUGUUGCUCAGUGAUUUCUUGCAAAGGCAUUUGUACGUAAGUACCACUAAGCGGAGUGAAUGUACUGUGAUGCACUGUACUGUACUUAUGCCUUGCUGCAUGGGACCAAGCUUGUACGACAAAUUAAGAUAUUCACAGGGAACUAGGUCUCAGAGGAAAUGACAUUUAUGAUGCUUCGCACCAUUGCCUUUCCACCCCCCCUCUCCACCACUUCCUGUCGUCGCAUAGUUUUUUGGCUGUUUCCUGUGGGCUUCUCUGUGACAGGGUUUUGUGGGACUUCGAGUGCAUACGUAGCCGUGUGACUCAGAAGCAUUGCUCAGGAAUAUAGAUGGGUCACAAUGAUCCAACAGUGUCACCCCUAGUGUUCAUUGUUCACUAAACAAGUCAUUUCUACACUCUAAAUUGACAGUCAGCAGGUGGGGUUUGAGCAGGAAGGGGUGCUGUACGUCUAAAUGAACACUUCCAUCCCAGGUCUGAUAUGCACAUGUCAGCGUGAAACUGUGACUUGUGAAUUGUCACUGUGGCCAUAAGCUGUGACCUCUCCAGUGCUUCAUGUAUUUGUGUACAAACGUCAUUUAAUGCCAUCAUGUCACUUCUUUUAAUGAAUGAAAUGCCUAUGUGUUUUAAUACAGUUGCUUUUUGGUUUUUAAUAGUGUAAUACGGUAAAGCUAUUCUGAUGUCUGUAUUUGUUAAAUGCCGUAGGUAGUUUUGCCUUUAGUUUUAGGGCCAUGAUGUAGUGGCUUGUUGUGUUUGCAAAUGUCUCGUCUGCCUUUCAGUGCAAUGGCCUUUUGUUUGUACGUUGAGGAAAUUCUCCAUUUAGACUUUCUAAGCCAUUGAAAAUCAUCCAAAUAUUUUCAGCAACUUGAACGCCGCAAAAGUCCCCGUGUAUGUAUAUAUUUAAGAUGACUGUGAAAUUGAAAUGCAUUGCGAGGUACAGAUGAAUUAUCGAAAGCUCUUGGCGUGAACGGAAAUUAUAUUUUAAUAUUAAGCCUUAACAUUUUAGUUGCAUUUUCAGUUGAGUUUCUUUUCAGCUACUCUCUGAGUUUUCCUCAAAUCAUUACCUUUCAAUCGACUUUCUCACUUCUUUCAAAAUGUUGAACCUGUAUAUGAUUUGGUCUUCUUUUCUUUUCUGUCCAAAUGUGAUUUUGAUUUCGGAACAAACUUUCCACAGACACAAAUCACUGUGUUUACACCAAUUGUUAAGUGUUUGCACGCAGUGCGCCAAGGUACAAAUGACACAAUAUCUUGCAAACGCUCACUGUCUUUUAUAAACUACAGAACAAACCGGAAAAAGGUACGCUCUCUGCUCUUUUCUGAUGGAUUUGUAGUUCUUGAAAUGUGUGAGUGUGUCUUUGUAAAUGUAUGGAUAUUUAAGGUUGCAAAAGAUUAUUUUUAAAUGCUGUUGACUCUGUCCGCAUGCGUUGAGUUGAGCGAGAGGAGAUAAAUGUACGCAAAGUGUAUUACUCUAUAUCUAAAACUUGAUCAGUGGAACAAGGUGGCCUUAAUGCAGAAGGAGGUCUUGGCUCUUUACGUGUCUCUUUUGUCCCCCUUCAGGUUCAUUUUUGUCUGAGUACUUUUAUCAGCCCUCCAGUUCAACUGCUACAAGAAUUUAUAAUAAAAUGUGAUUUGCUUUCUUUCA